AUGGUGCUGAUGCGGGCGCUGGAGACAGGGGGGGAUGUUACAGUAAAAGGAGAGGAGGAUGUUACUGUAAAAGAAGAGGGGGAUGUUACUGUAAAAGGAGAGGAGGAUUCCGUUUUUGGAGUGAAAUCCCUGAUUAAUACUAGAGAGAGAAGUGACUAUCCUGGAUCCUCUGGGGAGCCUCAACAACCUCAUGAUGCUGAUGACGCAGAGAAGAGUCUCUCCAGAUCAAAACACCCCAAGAAACACCAGCAGAGACCCACAGGGAAGAGAACUCACUGCUGCUCUGACUGUGGGAAGAGUUUUGUUUCUUCAGGACAUUUAAAAGCACACCAGAGAAUACACACGGGAGAGAAACCUUAUAGCUGUGCUCAAUGUGGGAAGAGUUUUACGAUGUCUAGCAAGCUGACACGACACUAUAGAACACACACAGGAGAGAAACCAUAUAGCUGUGAUGAAUGUGGAAAGAGUUUUGUCACAUCUAGCAGUCUGAUUAGCCACCGGAGAGCACACACAGGAGAGAAACCUUAUAGCUGUGCUCAAUGUGGGAAGAGUUUUACUCAGUCAACCAGCCUGAUAUCACAUCAAAGAACACACACAGGAGAGAAACCUUAUAGCUGUGCUCAAUGUGGGAAGAGUUUUACUCAUUCAACUGGCCUGAUAUCACACCAGAGAACACACACAGGAGAGAAACCUUAUAGCUGUACUCAGUGUGGGAAGAGUUUUACUCGUUCAACCGGCCUUAUAUCACACCAGAGAACACAUACAGGAGAGAAACCAUAUGGCUGUGUUCAAUGUGGGAAGAGUUUUACUACUUCUAGCAAGCGGCCUAGGCACCAUAGAACACACACAGGAGAGAAGCCUUAAAGCUGUAAUGAAUGUGGGAAGAGUUUUACUACAUCUGGCAGUCUGACUGAACACCAGAAAACACACACAGGAGAGAAACCUUUUAUCUGUACUCAAUGUGGGAAGAGUUUUCUCAGUCAACCAGCCUGAUAUCACAUCAGAGAACACACACAGGAGAGAAACCUUAUAGCUGUGCUCAAUGUGGGAAGAGUUAUAUUACGUCUAGCAAGCGGACUAAACACCAGAGAACACACACAGGAGAGAAACCUUAUAGCUGUGCUCAAUGUGGGAAGAGUUAUAUUACGUCUAGCAAGCGGACGAAACACCAGAAAAAACACACAGGAGAGAAAUCUCAGCUGUGAUCAGUGUGUGACCUUGAUAAAAUACCUCUGAUCAAACAUCCGAAAAUACAUACAUGAAGGAGAUGUUUCAUGAUAUCAAUGAAUUUAUGUCACAAUGUACAAUGUUUUAACAUUGUAGAAGGAGUAUUUUAAUAAUGUCACAAUGUUGAACCCUAAAUGUUUGCCCCCUGUUCUAUUGAUUUCAACUUGAUGGGGAUAUUAGCUUCACGGAAAAAUUCAGGCUCUGAUUUGAAAGAGUACUAUUUAUGUGAUUUAACAAAAAUUGACUAACAAAAAAAGAGUUGAGUUACACUUACCAACGUACACUUGAAACAAAAAGCAACACUUCAAAAUGUAGCGAGCUUUUUUUCUACAAAUUGUCCUCUAACCAGGGAUGUACACAUUAUUCCCAGAUACCGUGUGGUUUUUGAGCUGUUAGUUUUAACAAGACGUGCAACCUCAUCCUCUCGCAUACUUGAUUUCAACAUGCUAUCAAUGAGUUAUGACAAAUAAGUGUUGUGUUCAUUUGUUUAGCGACCCCUAAAUUUAAAUGCAUCACUCUAAAAUGUAGCUGACUGUCUUCUGCAGGUUAUCCUCUCAUCGGCGAGGUAAAAGAUAUCUCCACUUUCCAUGUGUUUUUGUGUGUGUUAGGUUGUACGUGCUGUUGAAACUAUCCCCCCAAUCGAUAUCAGUGAUUUAUUGCGACUUGUCGAAACAUCAGCGUUUCUGUUGCUUUGUUUAUAAAGUGCUUGUUUUAUAAAAUGCAUAAUUAUUUAUGUAACCAACUGACAUUUUUUUGGGGCUACAAUUAUAUUGACAUUGUUAUCCUGCUUUUAGAAUAUCAGGGUUCAUUCUCAGAUGUGCCAAACCAAAUGUACUAGAGCAUGACAGAAGAAAGA